ACUUUCUUCGAGAAAAUUUCGACGCAAUCCGAUAACGGCGCGUGGACCCCUUUCGAUCCUUUAUCGGAGAGCGCGAAAACGUCAACGAUAAGCGAUGUUUUCUGCUCGAUCGGCUGUUGAUACACAUAACACGGGCAUAUCUUUCUUUGUUCCAUGACUGCGAUGACAAACUGUGUGCGUCCGAGUUGCCAUAGUCGAGCUUUUGUAUAUCGAAACAGUUCUGUUCUCUCCUUGAAACGCGAAGUGUCGGUCCUCGUCUUUCGGAGAGACAUAUUUGUUCAUACGUGCCAAGGUAGCAGAAAUCGACAUUUCUAAAAGUGCGUGAUCGAAAAGCCUUCUAUCUUCUUUUGGGGAUCCUCGCUUAAUGCUUUUUAAUCGACGAGUCGGCAAUCGUUCUCCGCGUACAUCGGAACGACAGAUGACUGUUCGAGCAUAAUCGCCCCUGUCGCUCACAAGUGGGUUCGCACAACAUAAAGCACAUUUAUAACGAUAACGAUGGAGGUAUUGAUACACGAAGCGAGCAAUAGAAACCGACAGGAAAUCAACGCGAGCGCGCCGACCUGCACCCUCGAGCUUAAAUCCGAGUUCAAGGCGCACACGCGAGAGGAAGUCGACGAGGCGUCGUCCGAAAUUACGCCUAAAGAUGACAAGGAAUCGAUCGAUAUCAUCUUCGAGAACAUCAAUUACACCGUGAAUCUCGGCUUCAGAAAAGGCCACAAGGAGAUUUUGCACGGGAUCAAUGGAAGGCUGCCUGGCAAACAACUUAUCGCUUUGAUGGGACCGUCUGGCGCAGGAAAGUCCACAUUACUCGACAUCCUGUCUGGAUUUCGCGUAACCGGCGUGCAAGGUGUUGUACUCAUCAAUGGCCGCCUUCGGGAUCUCAACGCCUUCCGAAAAGUUAGCGCUUACAUCACGCAAGAUGAUCGAUUAGAACCGCUGCUGACUGUGAUCGAAAACAUGAGAGUUGCCGCUGAUUUGAAACUUCCGACAAAUACGCCGCGACUCAAAAAGGAGAUGAUUAUCGAAGAAAUUCUCACGACGCUUGGUUUAUACGAACACAUAUAUACCAGAUCGGACAGAUUAAGUGGAGCAAAAAAACGGCUGUCAAUCGCAUUAGAAUUAGUUAACAAUCCCACAGUGAUGUUCCUCGACGAGCCGACGACAGGUUUAGACAGUUCCUCUUGCAUGCAAGUCGUAAAUUUAUUAAAAAUAUUGGCGCGACAAGGAAGAACAAUAAUUUGCACUAUUCAUCAGCCCAGUGCGUCCUUAUUUCAAUUGUUCGAUCAAGUGUAUGUUAUUGCAAAGGGAGAUUGUCUGUACCAAGGAGCGACAAACAAAUUGCUACCUUAUCUAGAAAGUAUAAAACUACCCUGCCCCAUGUUUCAUAAUCCCGCAGAUUACAUAAUCGAACUAGCUUGUGGAGAAUACGGCGAAGAUAAAAUCGACGUAUUGAUAAAUGGAUCGCAAAAUGGAAGCAAUUUACAGUGGUUCGAAAAUUCGGCAGAUCUGAUGGAUGCGAAAAGAUUGAGAACGGCGCGUCCUUUGAUGAACAAAUUCGAAGAUAAUAGCGGCUUGCACGCGACGAAUCUCGCUCAUCAACUCAAAAUCUUACUGAGAAGAGGUUUCAUUAUGUGUAAACGAGAUACGACCUUGACACAUUUACGUAUCGCUGUCAACAUAUUAGUCGGAAUAAUGUUAGGGUCGGUUUUUUUGCAAUCCGGCGCCGAUGGUUCGCGUGUUUUGGACAAUUACAAUCUCCUCUUCUCGAUCCUGAUCCAUCACAUGAUGACGACGAUGAUGCUUACUAUAGUAACGUUUCCCAUGCAGAUGUCCAUCUUGAUAAAGGAGCAUUUUAACAGAUGGUACAGCUUGAAGGCGUUUUACACCGCUAUUACGAUAAUCGACGUGCCUAUUUCGAUUAUAUGUAAUAUCAUUUUCUCAAUAAUUGUUUACCUUAUGUCGGCUCAGCCAUUGGAGUUUAUUCGAUUCUUCAUGUUCCUGGCUAUCAGCAUGUUUAUAAUGUUUAUCGGUCAAGGUACCGGGCUCAUGAUAGGCGCUGUGUUCAACGUCGUGAAUGGAACGUUUAUGGGACCAACAUUGGCAGUACCAUUGAUGAUGUUCGCUGGAUUCGGCGUGUCUUUACGCGAUUUACCAGACUACCUAAAAUGGGGCAGCUACAUCAGUUAUUUAAGAUACGGUUUGGAAGGAUUCGUCGGGGCUAUUUACGGUUUCAACAGACCGACUCUGGAUUGCCAGAAGGAGCAGAUGUAUUGCCACUACAAAUAUCCGUCCAAAUUUCUCUCUGACAUCGCUAUGAGGGGAGACCAAUUCUGGAACGAUGUUAUCGCGCUGACCAUGAUACUAAUCAUCACACGCUGCGGCGCGUAUCUGCUUCUGCGAUGGAAGAUUAUGUCGCAACGAUAAAGCCGAUGCAUGCGAAUGAACCUCUUCUCAAUAACAGAAUAAAAUCAUUUUUUUAUACAUUUGUUACACGUCCGAGUGAUUGUUGAGAGUUGUUUGAUUUUAGAAUACCUAUCUGAAAUAAAAAUCGGAAUCGUAUAUUAUU